AAACUGUCAGAAAUCUUGUAAGAAUAGGUCUCAUUGUGUAAUUUACUAUAGCAUCUGCAGGGAUGUCAAAUAUUGCAACCUUGGAAAAUUAGAGGCUUGGUUAUGGGACAGUGGGUAUUCUUGCCACAGCACGCCGCACUUGGAAUGUUUACAACUCUGGGACGCUGCAUGGCGACCAAGCUCAGAUCGAGAGGAGGGACCCCGCACCGUCACCCGCCCCCAUCUGCCAAAAGGUUACUUUCCAUUACAUCAAAAUAUCCGCUCUUUCAAGAUCUUGCAGGUUUCAUCGUGGGCGUGUCGCGAGGGAAAACGUUCGAUGUUUUGCGUAGAAUAAUGACCAUAACCGAAAAGUCUGUCUAAUGACGAAAUUGAUUUACUCAAUAGAGUUUGAGUUUAUAGAGGACAGUAUCGCUCUUGCAGGAUUUCCCACGUUCUCAAUGACCAAAAGCAGACUGAGUUCUCUGGAGUUGACAGAUAAGACGUGACAACGUUUAUCUAACGGACCUGCUUCAGGAAAUUUACUUCUAAAAAAUUUGCGCAUGAUAUCUAAAUCAGCGACCAAACAAACAAAAAUAUUAUGAUGCUAUACUUUGUGUUACUUUUCCUACCGUAUGUCCUCAGUGCACGGACGCGAAUGGUACUGCCUGGAUAUGAAACGUUACGUACGAGAAAUGGGAACGACAAUAGUCAUAAAGCUCUUACAGUAGAUAGGAAAGAAUGUAAGUUCCCAUUCCGUCAGGGAGGAAGCAUUCACCACCACUGUAUCACCAUCCGUUCAUCCAGACCUUGGUGUUCUCUGACGCACAAUUUUGAUCGGGACUUUCUGUGGGGAUACUGUGCAGCUGUGACCACUCAACCCAGUGUGUUCGUCCACUCAUCACGCAGAUUCACAGACUUGUGUCAGGUGAAUCCAUGUCAAAAUGUCGGCAUCUGCACUCUGGUCCCCCACAGACGCUCCUUUGAGUGCUCCUGUCCAGAGAACUUCACCGGGAGGCACUGUGAUCAGAGGAAGUGCUAUGAAACCAUACACCUGAGAUAUUAUGACAUCGGAGAAUCCUGGGGAAGGAUCUACCACCGUAAUGUGGAACGGUGCACAUGUGUGGACGGGGAGAUCUCCUGUGAGAGAGUGCGCUAUACCGUCUGCAGUGAGAACCCCUGUGAGAACGAUGGCACGUGCCGUCUCAUCACAGCCACCAGGGAGGAGGUGUGUGCCUGCAGGCCUGGCUACAGUGGACCCUACUGUGGCAUCGCUCCAGAGGAAGAGUGCUAUGACAACAAGGGCAUAGACUACCGUGGCGUAGUGAACACCACCGUCUCUGGUGCCCGCUGUCUGCCGUGGAACUCUGACCUAUUACAUGAUGAACUCCACAUGGGCACUGUGGAGCGCGCCACCCUCAGGGGCUUGGGGGAACACUCCUACUGCAGAAACCCAGACGGGGACAAGAUGCCGUGGUGCUACACCCUCAAUGACAGAGCCAUCUCCUGGGAGAACUGUGACGUUCCGUCUUGUGUCAUGCGUUUAUCUUCUUCGCGGAGAGUGGUACAGGUGCCACGGCCGCCACCGCCACCUAACGUCCUCCCUGACACCAACCAAACCAAUGACGCCAAGCCAGCCAAGAAGCCUGUGUGCGGAAAGAGGCAUAAGAAGAGGAUAUCAGUGGCCAAGGGUCGCAUCCUGGGUGGCAGCUCUGCCCUGCCCGGUACCCAUCCCUGGAUGGCAGCCCUCUACAUAGGAGAUGACAACUUCUGCGCGGGCACCCUGGUCUCGUCCUGCUGGGUGGUCUCUGCCGCACACUGCUUCUUUCGCAGUCCCCUUGUGUCGAAGAUUCGUGUGAUUCUGGGUCAGCAUAACUUCAACGUUACAUCUUCGGACACCAAAACCUUUGGAGUGGAGAAGUACAUCUUUCCAGACCGUUUCUCUGUCUUCAAUCCAACUCUCCAUGACAUUGUUCUGGUGAAACUGAAAAAACAAGAUGGCCACUGUGUGAGAAGGACUCAAUUUAUACGGCCAAUCUGCCUGCCUGAUAAAGCCAUGACCUUCCCAGACUACUACUGCUGUCAGAUCACUGGCUGGGGCUACAUGGAUGAGAAGGCGAAUAAAUACAGCAACCUGCAGGAGGCCGGGGUGAGGAUCAUCCCGUUUGAGAGGUGUAUCCAGCCUGAAGUCUACGGCAACCAUGUGACAUCCAACAUGGUCUGUGCCGGGACCGACCGAUGUGUGGAUGCCUGCCAGGGUGACUCAGGAGGCCCCCUGGCCUGUGUGAAGGAUGACGUCAGCUUCUUGUAUGGAGUCAUCAGCUGGGGUGAUGGCUGUGGAAAGACUGGGAAGCCUGGUGUCUACACCAAAGUUGUUAGCUAUGUCAACUGGAUCAACACAAUUAUCAAGCGCAAGCCCAAGUCUAAAUGAAUGGACAUCAGCCUUAUUGUAUGGACCUUACAGCUUGUGUCCUAUUGUGGAAGAAUAGUGAUUUUUGCACAACUGUGAAAUAAAGAUUAUUUUGUGACUGAAUAAACAUUGUAAAUAUUGUUAAA